AUGUCAUCCAACCAUGCCACUCUCGACGCAGCGGCAACAGAACGCAAAGCUCGACUCGCAAAGCUCGCGGCGCUCAAAAGAAAGCAACCAGAGCCAGAGCCUUUAACAGAAUCCAACGUUAAAGAUGACGAAUCGGAAGAUGCUGCCCCCGAUGUCACAGCCAGAUUUCUGUCCGGAAGAAACUAUGAUGCAGAAACCCGUGGCCCGAAGUUGGGAUUCGACCAGGCCCCCGCAGACGGACAGAUUACGGUGGAAACACAAGCUGCGGAGAUAGCUAAGGCAACUGCAGAGCAAGCUAAGAAGGAUGGCGAGGUGGACCAACCGAUAGAUCUCUUCAAGCUUCAACCGAAGAAGCCCAACUGGGAUCUAAAACGGGAUCUGGACGAGAAAUUAAACACCCUCAAUGUGAGGACGCAAAACGCAAUUGCAAGGCUCGUGCGACAGAGGAUAGAGGAUGCGCAACGUGCGGCGAAGGCUAGAGACGCGGGGGCCAAUGGAGGCCAGGCAGGAGAGGAUGUAGGCAUCGAGGGCGAAAUGUUGGUUGAGGGCAUACAUGUACGCGAGAGGGAGGAGGAAGAUGAACGGAGGGAAAGGGAGGAAGACGACCUGACAUGA